AUGUCUCCUAUUGUGGAUCGGAACGUGCUAUUGGUACCUGUGCUUCGUCCUCAGGCCCCGGAGAGACCCGUCUCCAUCGUCUGGCGCGCCAGCACGUGGCGAGGCAACAACGGAAGCGGAACUACGAUGAGCCGGCAUGGUCCGAGCGCCGCCUCCCCCCAGGGUAUAAGAACCCUUCCUCCCCCCGUCCCCUUCGUAAAAAAUCAUUCGAGUGCAAUUGAAAACUACAACUAUGACCGCUCGCGCUUGCCUUCUGGCCGUCGCGUCAAGCUCUACCCUGCAUGCCUUCACGCGCAAGGCGAUGUAAGAGCUCUUCGCGAUAAUGGAUUGAUGAAGCAACCAAGCACCUAUGUCCAUCGAUGCGCCUACUGUACCCUCUUGCGCGAUCCGACCGUCCUAAGGUUAUCCAACCUAAUCCUCGUCGAUCCUUAUCAUCGCGCAUGCGUAUACAUCACCUGUACUCUACGGAGCCAUCGAUCAUCUAACAAUAUACUUCGCGAUCGUGUCUCGACUCUUGAUUGCUUCGUCGCGUCGCCCGAUCCAUCCAUGCUGCGCACUCGGAGGGGAACACCUGAGAUCUGGAGGGCGCAACCCGUAGCCAAUACAAGAGUGACUUGA